UUAUUUACCCUUAGUUUAGUUUAGGUGUAGGCAUUUCUGAGCACGCUGAAAUCGGAUGACACUCAAUUGGAUGGUGCGCUUAUGGCAAAGGUUUUAGCUCUGAGAGUUCAGUUUUAACCCGAGAUUGAGGGAAUAUAUAUGUGGCAAAUUAUGCUUUUCUCAAAGGACACUACCGCAAGGCUUUGCAUGGUGUCCAAGCCACUCGUUAGUAUCUGAGGGUUUUUUUUAUUUAUUUUUCUGGUGCUAAUUUUUUUUUAUUAUUAUUUUUUGGGGGGUGGGGGCAAUUUCCCUGAAGUUUCUUUGCAAAUUUUAUUGCGGCGGAGGGAGCGAUAAAGGGGUUAAAGAAAGUAAAGCGGGGGAAAGUGAAUCAGUAUGGAAGAAAAUGAUCGCGGCAACAGAGAUGUGGUGGAGCGGCAAGAGUCGGCGGAUGAAUCCAACAGAGCCAUCCUUCCCCUCUUGCAGGCGCCGGGGAACUUGCAGCAGAUCCCUCACCGGGUCACCAAUUUUUUCAUCGACAACAUCCUCCGGCCGGACUUCGGACGGAAAAAGGACGCGGGCGCAAAUAACCGAGGAGAGGAGAGCGCGGUGGGGUCGCGGGAGAGCCGGAGCAGCAGCCGGAUCAGCAGCCCCGCCGCCCCGCAGAGCGAGCCGGUGGGCAGCACGGUGCCGGCGGAGGGCACCUCCACCCCGCACACCAUCACCGGGGCCAGCAAGAGCCCCGUAGCCGCCGAGGAGCCCCUCAAACCCCGCGAGGAGAACGGAGACCAGUGCCUAAGCUCAGACUCAGACAGUUCCCAAGCCAGCUCGAACCCAUCCGUGUCGUCGCAGCCCAUGCUGUGGCCGGCCUGGGUCUACUGCACCAGAUACUCGGACAGGCCUUCUUCAGGGCCAAGAUCACGCAAACCAAAGAAGAAAACGACCAGCAAAGAGGACAAGCGACCACGGACGGCCUUCACAGCAGAGCAGCUGCAAAGACUCAAAUCGGAGUUUCAGACAAAUCGGUAUCUGACGGAGCAGAGGCGACAGAACCUGGCGCAGGAACUAGGCCUGAACGAAUCCCAAAUCAAGAUCUGGUUUCAGAACAAGAGGGCCAAAAUCAAGAAAGCCACCGGCAGCAAAAACAAUCUAGCCCUGCACCUGAUGGCACAGGGACUGUACAAUCACGCCACAGUCACGUCGAAAGACGAAAAAUCAGACAGCGAUUGAUUUCCAGAAAAGUAACAGCAGCCUCCUGACGAAAAAGAACCUAUAGUAAUCCUAUGAUAGAUUUUUCUUUUUAAUAGAGAUAUCACAGAUAAAAACUUUACUUACAGGAAUAUUUAAUGUUGCCACAGCAGAUAAAAAUACUACAAAGUACUAUAUCACUCACUACGGAUGUACAAUGGUUCCAGGACACCAUAAAAAAGGAGCAAGAAAGUCACAACAGAGUCCCCACAUGAGUUUUUAACAAUACCAUAGGUCUGUUUAGGUUCCUAUGGGACUAUUAUAGUAAUUUUUCGUUGUAUGGGAGGUUUAAUCAAGCCUACAAUGCAAUAAUAUGAUCGAAUAAAGGGCCAGUGUAUGGAGAAUACCAGCAUAAAUUGUUCAAAAAAUACGAAAGAGAUAUUUCUGCAAUAUCACGUCUAUAAACGAUGUUGUAUAAAGGUAUGUUUUCAUUGUUUGUUGUCCCCGCCCCUCUCCAGGAGGUAUAAAUGCUUACACCCUUCAUUUUUCUAUACUGUAGGAUAAACUGCUAUCCAUGAUUGUCAUCAUUUUACUUCUAUCUGGCACUCGACGUUUUGAUCGGUCAGAGACGUGAAAAAAAAAAUAAAAAUAAAAAAAUAAAAAUUAAAAACUGAAGUCCAAAGACUAUUUUUCUGCUGCAUCCAGGCUACUGUGAAUUUUAAAUAAAUGCUAACACGAUUUUAUUGCCAUGAUUGUUGAUUUCCUUGGUUGCGUUUGAUGAGAAAAAAUAAAUGGACAGAGGAAGGUGCUUCGUGUCAGCUGCAGAGCCAAUUGGGCACACUAUGAAUUUUAUACGCUUUGUUCUCGCAAUUCACACAAACUGUUUGUUAUAGAUGACAGAGAGGGUAGGGAUUGUUUUUCUAACACGCCACUUAACUAAAACGCUAAAAGUUAGGCCUUGCUGAUACGAUUGUGGUCGUCUCAUAGCCUUCAAACAGACAUGCGCGUUUCCCCUGCGUUAUGCCAAUGCAUCGGUGCAGCUAUUAUAGUUUAAAUAGCAAUAUAACUCAUUUUUGUAGCUAAAUGGAGACUAUAAUGCUGCCUUUAAAGUCACAGAAACAACUCUGUAGCAUGAAGACAAUGAUGACAACAGUUUUGCGCACUCUUUAGACUAUAAAUGCUGGUUAUUGGAUGUUUUCGGUAAAUCAUUUUACUAUAUACAUUUUAUCACAUAUCCAUAUAUCAUAAAAGAAGGCAAAUCCGUCAGUGACUGUAUUACAAAUGUUGGAAAUCUCUUAUCGUUGUUGAAAGGACUUCAUAUGUGUAUUUAUAUAGAUUAUAUUGAGAAAAAAAAUCUAUCCAAUGACCAGUGUUGCUUUAGAGUAGAUUUCUGAGGUGUUUACACUGCUUGUUUUCUUGCAAUAACUUCUUUUUGUUUUCUUUUUUUUUUGUGAAUGAAAAAAAAUAUUGUUUAUGGGGCCUUUGCAUGAAAGCUGCAAUUUGUUGUACUUGGGCAAAUAACUGUGUUUAUAAACUUUGGUCCUUAUCGAGGAAAGUAUGAUGGAGCUAAGUUUCAGACUGCAUCCAUACCAAAUUGUGGACUUUUUGCCUUUCAAAGUGUUUUUGUUGUAUAUCUGCAAAAAGUGUGUGUGAAAUAAAAUCCACCAAACAGAAACACACUUUGCCUUAAAGUUCAAGUGGGAACUUUUUAUGAAACAGAACUGUGCCGAAUCAGAGAAGCAGUAUUACUUCAAAUGCAGACUACUGGAGUUUAAUGCCUUUAUGAAAACUGCUGGUACGACAUUAUGAAUUUACUCAUCAGCGUAUAUCUAUCUAUAUAUGAACAUGUUUAAAUAAAAAUACAACACAGAGUUGUAGAAUACAAUGCUAUUUUUUAUUUUAUGUUGGAAGUAUUCUUUGGUAUAAAUGUACAUAAUUUGUAUCAUGUAUUAAUUGUGUAAUUAACUGCCUCUUGAAAACUGC